AUGAGCCCCCUGAAUUCAGCCCUCUUUAAAAACACCACUAAUGAUAAUAUAGUCCAUCCUGAUUACUUUGUCAUUAGUGGUUUUGCUGGCAUUCCCCAAACAAAAUACUACUAUGUCUUCUUGUGUUUUGUUUAUGCUCUGACUAUAAUAGGAAACACUUUUGUCAUGUUUAUGAUUUACAUUGACCACUGUCUUCACAGUCCAAAAUACAUUGUCGUUUUUAACUUGGCUCUGUCCGACUUGUGUGGAAGCACUGCACUUGUUCCUCUGGUGAUUGAUACCUUCCUUUUUAAAUCGCAUUUAAUGUCCUUCCAUGCCUGCUUAACUAGCAUGUUUUUUGUUUUGGGGUUUAUCACGGUGCAGUCAUUCAGUCUAGCUGCUCUGUCCUACGAUAGAUGUGUUGCUAUCUGCUUUCCACUGAGAUUCAAUGACAUUGUGACAAAUAAAUCAAUGUCAUUCAUCAUAGCCAUAUUAUGGAUCAUUGCCGCACUGGCUUUUCUCGUAGCUGUGAUUUAUAUUAACAAACUGUCCUUCUGCAGAUCCAAUGUGAUAAACAGUUAUUUCUGUGAUCACGGACCCCUCCACCUUUUGGCGUGCAAUGACAACACUCCAAGUACUGUGAUGAAUUGGGCAUGCCAGGUCGUGAUUUUCUGGUUACCAGUAAUUUUUAUUGUGAGCUCAUACAUUUGUAUAACCAGAGCACUAUUGAAAAUCGCAGCAGCCUCAGAGCGCCUGAAAGCCAUGAAAACCUGCACCUCUCAUUUGAUCUUGGUGGCCGUGUUUUAUCUUCCGUUGUGUGUGUCCUUUGCACUGGGCGGGGCCCUGCACAUGAACGCCCGGAUCAUUAACAUGUCACUGGCGAGUGUCAUGCCGCAGAUGCUGAAUCCAUUCAUCUACUCACUGAAGACAGAUGAAUUCAGAGAAUCCAUUAAAAAGCUGUACAGAAGAAAGAAGAUGCACAUCACCGGAAGGAAUACAUGA